GUACAAUCAUAUACUGAUGCAAUUACAAUGUUAUAUACCAUAAGACAUAAUAUUUUCUUGCCUAAUCUGUCACGCUGUAACGACUACGGCAAAUCAACUAUUCUCCCGUAGUAGAAGGUAAAAGUUAAAGUCGCGCAUGCGCAGUACAACGUCAAUUGCCGUUAACUCGUCAAGUCCCUCCCCAUAAGACUUCUUUAAAGCAGAGGAUCAGUUCACACAGAUCAAACACAAGUUGUUACCGUCUGCCUCAUCCAGCCAGAAUGCGCCUUUUUCUCUCCAAACACCUCUCCGUGCCGAGGUCUCAGACCAGCUCUAACUCCUCCUGCGGUCCGAUGAUUGCGGGUUCCGCGGUGGUUUACUGCGUCACGUGCGAUCAGCCGCUCAGCAGCCGCUGCCUGAUUAACGGCACGCACCGGGACCACCGCCUGAAGGAUCUAAAGGACGCCGUGCACGAUCAAGUGAAAAAAUUGAAUGACCUAUCCGAGAAGCUGACAUCCAGAGAAAGGAAGUUUGGUGACCUCACACCAAGGAUUGAAGCAGCAGAGCGCGAGCUCGAGGAGAUGUGCAACCGGACACAGGAGCUGCUUCAGCAGGAGUACAGUACCCUGAUGGCUUUGAUCGAGCAGAAUCAGCAGCAGGCCUUUUUCAUCCUGAACGCGCAGAAGGAAACACUAAAGCUGCAACUCCAUCAGCUGCACGAGGACGCGCAGAACUACCGGAGCAAGUCCGCAGCCAUGAUCGAGUACAUGAAACAGCUCGGCAGCAAACAGGAGAGCGAGAAACCAGCCAGCCUGCUGGGGGAGAUCAGCGCACUUGAGACCAGCCUGCACACAAUGAACGGGUUUUACUCCUCUUUGGACAAGAAGCUGAAAGUCGAUGACACAAGAUUGAAAGCUCUGGAAAACUCCAUUAAGAAAAUCGUCGAAAAAAACAAAGAGCUUCUGCCACGGCCAUGGGAAUUUUCAGAGACAAUCACUUUGGAUGAGAGUAAAAAUCAAGGGAAUGUCCAGAUCUCGGAGGACAAGACAGAAAUGUCCGUGAGCCCUUCAGGUGGUCUGAGCCAGACUGAUCGCUGGAACAAUACACAGGCCUGUCAGAGCUUCAGUAAAGGCCAGCAUUACUGGGAGGUGGCAGUAGGAGGCUGUGAGAGCUGGGCGGUGGGAGUAGUGGAAAACAGCCAGGUUAAAGGCAUCCAAACUCUGGUUCCGGGCCAUCAAAAGAAUUCAUGGAUUCUGGAGUGCGAUGGUGGCGAUCUCUCAGCGAUACACAACAGCGACUUCAGCAGGGUCAAGGGGAGCAAUGUUGAAACCCUCGGCAUCUUCCUGGAUUGCGAUAAAGGCCGACUGAAGUUCUACAACGUCAAUACAGGCUGCAUCGUGCAUUCAUUUAUUGCCAAGUUCAAGCACUCCGUAUGUCCCUUGUUCUGCAUCCGUGGACAGAAAGACAGUAUGGCAUGCCUCAACAUCUGCAACCUGAUAAACAAAGUUGAUGCACGAUUGGACAGUGCCGGUACCUCCAUGACCUCAGAGACACCGAUUGAGGAGGAUAUUGAGUUGUCUUCUGAGAGCUCAAAUUAGGACCUGAUUUAAAAAAUGUGUUAAAGUAUAUUUAUUAUUUAUGUCAAGUACUGUUAUUGAUAUUAAGUCGUAUAUUUAUUAUUGAUAUUAAGAUAUUAAGUAUGAAGAUGUGGACAUACACACAGCCGAGAUGUAACCGUGCAAUAAAUAAAUGAAAUUUAUCUGCAAAUCCUGUUUAUUUGUAUAGACCACUGUGAAAAUGUUGAUGUCUUCUUGUUUUGUCGGUGUUUAAAGCCUUUUUUUUCACCUCCGCAUGCCUAUAUACAGUGGAUUCAGAAAGUAUUCAGACCUCUUUACUUGUUGCACACUUUAUUGAUUUUGAAUGGAUAUUAAUUGCCUUUUUUACCCGUCAAUUCACACUUAAUCGUCCACAGGGAUGAAGGGAAAACUUGUUUUUAGAGAUUUUCAAAAAUGAAGUAACAAUCAAUCUUCCCAGGAGUGGGUGUCCCAGCAAAGUCAGUCCAAGGUCAGACUGUUUAAUCCUCAGAGAUAUAAUUCACUGCAAGUUGAAUCAUAUUUAAUUACUUGUUUACCACUAUACUUUUCACCUUGCUGCUACUGCAAUAACUGCUAUGUGCCCUCCGCUAAUAUUGGCACCCUUGGUAGUUUUUUGUGCAAUAAACACCAGAGGUGGUUUUGGUGCACACAGAGAGAUAGCCAUAUGGAAAAGUACCCACGUUUAAAUAUGGUGGUGGCUCUUUAAUGUUUUGGGGCUGUUUUUCUGGUAGAGGACCUGGACAUUUUGUUAGGAUACAUGGCAUCAUGUAUCAAAUAUCAACAGAUAUUAAAUGAAAACCUGACUGCCUCUGCCAGAAAUCUUAAAAUAGGCCAUGGUCGGAUCUUCCAGCAGGACAAGGAUUUAAAACAUCAAGGUCAACAUCAAAUCAAGGUCCGGCCAUGGACAUCCCAGUCCCCUGACUUGAAAUCCAUAGAAAACCUGUGUGGUGAACUGAAGAAGAGAGUCCACCAGUGUGGACCUGGAAAUUUGAAGGAUCUGGCGAGAUUCUGUAAGAAGGAAUUGUCUCAGAUCCCUCGCCGUGUAUUCUCCAACCUCAUCAGGAAUUAUAGGAGAAGAUUCAGAGCUGUUAGGUGGUAGGGAGGUAGCGCAAAGUAUUGACUAAAAGGGUACCAAUAAUUGUCGCACACCUAUAUUUAACAAAGAUUUCUUUUUUUAUUUAUAUAAACUGUGUUUUUUUGCACCUGUUUGAUAUCCAUGAGAGCAGGGUAUUUUUUGUGAAUUUUUUAACAAAAGAUCAAAAGGGUAAACAGUAAAGACAAUUUUUCACACCCUUCCUUGCUCACAUUUACCAAGGGUGCCAACAUUAGUGAAGGGCAUUGUAUGUUACACGCUUAUCUGCUGAAUACUAUGUCAUAGUAUGUUAUGUUAUGUUUACAUUCAUUUUAGUUUUUAUUAUAUUGUUAGAUAAUAUAACAUUGCACCAUAUUUUGCACUACCUGUUAUAUCGGACACACUAGAACUGUGUACAGGUCGACGCUACACUGUCACUUACCGUGCCUGUUUUCCUGUUUUAAUAGUUACUGUCCUGUCUUUAGUUGUUUGCAGACGUUUGCACAUGCACUUGAUGUAUAAAUGUGUAGAUCUUAUUUAGUUCUGUGUGGUCUCAUGUGGUUAUUGUGUGUUAUGGAGUACCACAGUCCUGGAAGAACAUUGUUUCAUUUCAUUGUGUACUGAACCAGCUGAAUGUGGUUGAAAUGACAAAAAAGCCACUUAACUUGACCUAACUUGCGUUAUAUACUGUAUAUAAUAAUGUAUGUGGCCAUUAAAAAUCUUGAAUCUUGAAUCAUGUGAUCUACCGCACAUGUUUAGCAAAUGUUUAUGUUCAUGACAGCACAAUCAGAAAAUGACUGAACAAGUACGGCUUUCAUGGAAGGGUGGCUAGAAAAAAGCCUCUACUCUAAGAAGAAUACAGUAGCAUGACUAAGGUUUGCAAAAUUGCAUCUGAACAAACCACAAAAGUUUUGGAACAAUAUCCUUUGGACUGAUGAGAGAAGGUUUGGUCCUCAUGCCCAGUGCCAUGUUUGGCAAAACCAAAGACGGCUAAUCACCACAAACAUCUCAUAUCAAAUUGUUGGAGGAUUGGUGAUUUGGGCUUGUUUUGCAGCCUCAGGUCCUGGGAAACCUGCAGUCAUUUAGACAACGAUGAACUACACUUUAUACCUGAAUUUCAUGUCAUAACUGAGACAAAUGUGAGGCCAUCUGUCCAGCAGUUCACGCUCGGCUAAAAUUUGGUCAUGCAACAGGACAAUGAUACCAAUCACACCAAGCAAAUCAAUGACUAAAUGACUAAAGAAGUAAAAAAUCCAGAUGUUGGAAUGGCCAAGUCAAAGUCCAGACCUCAACCCCACUGAGAUGCUGUGGUGGCAUCUUAAGAAAGAUGUGCAUAAAUGAAUGCCCUCAAUCAUCAAUGAACUGAAGCAAUGUUGUAAAGAAAAGUGGACCAAAAUUUCUCCGAAACUAUGUGAGAGAAUGAAAAUCUGAAAAAUUUUAUUUAUUAUUGUUAUUUUUAUUUUAUUUUAUAAAUGGCAUCCCUUUAUUGUAUACUUUAUGGAGUUACAGACACUUUCCACUUAAAUUUUUGUGACUGUACUUGGGUUUUAUAAUACUUAUAUAACCAGCAACAGUUAUUGAGUAGCCAUGAUGAGCCGGGGGUGUGUGUGUGUGUGUGUGUGUGUGUGUGUGUGUGUGUGUGUGUGUGUGUGUGUGUGUUUUUGUAAAAUUUUUACUUUUAAUGAAUCACAUGAAAAUGAAUCACAUGAAUAACAUGAAAAUGAAUCACAUGAAAAGGAAUCACAUGUAAAUGAAUCACAUGUAAAUGAAUCAUAUGUAAUGAUUAUGAAAUGAUUAUCUUAUAUGAAUAUGAGAUAUUGUGAUAUCUACAAAAUCUCAGAAAUGUGUAUAUAGAAUUAAAUAGUAUU